AUGCUGCUCCACCGGACCGCCGCCGCGGCUGCGGUGGCGACGCACCUUCUUCUCCUCCUUCAAUCCGCCGCCGGCGGUGACCACAACAUCACAGCAAUUCUCGCCAAGUUUCCUGAAUUUUCCACCUUCAACGACUACUUGACGCAGACGCGGCUCGCGGCGGAGAUCAACCGGCGGCAGACGAUUACCGUCUGCGCCGUCGACGACGCCGGAAUGGAAGAUCUACUCACCAAAAACUACUCGAUCAACGUCGUAAAAAACGUGCUUUCUCUCCACGUUCUCCUCGAUUACUUCGAUCGGAAAAAGCUCCGCAACCUCACCGGCGGCUCCGAUCUCACCGCCACCGUAUUCCAGGCCAGCGGGGAAGGACCAGGAACCGCCGGAAUUGUUAAUAUAACCGACCUCAGCGGCGGAAAAGUCAUUUUUGCCCCUGAGGAUAACGACGUCGUUUCAGCCACAUUUGUCAAAUCUCUACUCGAAAUACCGUACAACCUCUCUGUUAUUCAGAUCUCCAAUACUCUGCCUCCUCCGGCGACCCUAGCGCCGCCGUCUCCGACGCCAUCGCCGCUGCCUCCACCGCCGCCGUUGCCUAGCCAGUGGAAUUUCACCGCUUUUAUGUCGGACGGAAUUUGCAAGGUCUUCGCCAGAGUACUAUUGGCUAAUACUCCAGCUCAGGAUUCUUUCGCCGGCAGCGUCGCCGGCGGAUUGACGAUAUUCUGCCCUGACGAUGACGCGAUGAAGAGUUUCAUUCCUAAGUACAUGGAUUUGAGCGGCAACGACAAGCGAUCGUUGCUUCAGUAUCACGCGACGCCGGUUUAUCUAUCGGUAAAAGCUUUACAGUCGGUGAGCUCCCCUGUGAAAACCUUGGCCACCGCCGGCGACGGUAAGUACGGAUUCACUGUGGAGAGCAGCGGAAUUGACGUGACGAUCGAAACGGGGAUUGUGAAGGCGAAGAUCGUCAAAGUAGUGAAGGAUGAGAAGCCUCUGGCGAUCUACGCUUUGGACAAGGCUCUAUUGCCGCGUGAGUUGUCCUCGCCGGCGCCUCCAGUUGCAGAAGCGCCGGAGGAUUCUCCGCCGGACUCUCAGGCCGAUCCUCCUGAAGAUGGCACCGUAGACCACACUAAUAACGGUAACGGCGCCGUUAACUAUAACGGCCAUAACAUUGACGCCGUGAUUUUCGUUCUUUGCGUUACGAUUUUACUACUUGUGUGAAAUUAUUUUCUUUUUUACUAUUGGUUUUAUUUUAAAUCUCUUGCCGCAAAAUUGUUUCAUUGAAUUAUAAUAAAUAUUCACAAAAAAUUUAUAUUUUAACUAGU